AUGAAGUUUACUAUUGCAAUCACCUCCGCCUUCUUGGCAACCCUUCACCUCGCCGCCGCAGCUCCCACGGUGGCCGCCAGAGCGGAAACAGUCUCUGUUUCCUACGACCAACGAUACGAUGUUAGCGGAUCCUCUCUAACAACCGUCUCUUGUUCAGACGGAGAAAAUGGUUUAAUCCCUCUUGGGUACACCGACUUUGGCUCUCUACCCAACUUCCCUAAUAUCGGUGGUGCCAUUACCAUUCCAGGAUGGAACAGUCCUAACUGCGGCAAAUGCUACCAGCUGCAUUACUCCAACGGAAAAUACGAAAACACCAUCAAUGUCCUUGCCAUUGACGCCGCCCCGGGUGGUUUCAACAUUGGCCUUCAGGCUAUGAACACCCUGACCAAUGGCCAGGCUGAACAGUUGGGCCGUGUUUCCGCCACCUACGUUGCGGUGGAUGACAGUGCGUGCGGAAUGUGA